AUGACGCCCAACCGCGCUCAGCGCAGCGCUGUCGCGCUGCGCGGUGAGGAGCUUGGGGAGCGCGAGGCGGCGGCGGUGGCGCGCAAGCCCGCAGACCACCGCGCGUUGUUUGGCGGCAACACAGACGACCACUUCCGCCUGGGCAUCAAGCUGACGCGGGGCGCGGUCAAGCUGUUUGCCUACUUCUUCGACUCCGACAUUGUGGUGGCCUCGCCGCUGGCGCUGGCCACCACGCUGGCGGAGGCGGGGGGCGAGGGCGAGGCCGCCGCCGACUUCUUGUCGUCUGUGGAGGUGGUGGUGGCGGAACGGGCGGAUGUGAUGCUCAUGCACAGCUGGGCGCACGUGGCGACGGGUGAGGGCGGCCGCGGCGCGCUGUACCGCCAAACCGUCCUGCUGUCCAGCUUUGCCUCUGCUGAGAUGAAUGCCCUGCUGGCGCGCACCUGCCGCAACCACGCGGGGCGGGUGCGGGUGCACCCCUCCUGCCGCGGCGUGCUGUCCCGCGUCAUCCCGCAGGCGCGCCAAGUCUUUGAGCGCCUGCCCGCCACGGUGGCGGCGGGGCCGGACGGCUGCGCGGCGACAGACGCGGAUGCGCGGUUUGAGCACUUCAGGCGCAGCCUGUGGCCGCGCAUGCGUGAGAGCGGGCGCAGCGGCGGCCACCUCAUCUACCUCCCCUCCUACUUCGACUACGUCAGGCACGCAGUGGUGCGCAACUUCCUGCGUGCCGACAUGGCUUCCUUCCUGGGCCUGUGCGAGUACACAGAGCAACCAGACGCGGCGCGCGCACGCUCAUACUUCUUCGACAGGCGCAAGCAGGUGCUGCUGUACACCGAGCGGGCGCAGUUCUACAACCGGCACCGCAUCAGGGGCGCCAAGCACAUUCUGUUCUACCAGCUGCCGGAGCACGCCCACUUUUACUCGGAGCUGCUGAAUCUGAUGGAGGAGGGGGAGGGCGGGGAGAUGCCCACCGUCACUGUGGUGUUCAGCAAGGUGGAUGCGCUGCGGCUGGAGCGCGUGGUGGGCACCGCCCGCAGCGCCAAGAUGCUCAAGAACCGCAAGACCAGCACUUUCCUGUUCUGCUGA